UGGGCGCAGUGAUCGUGUUCGUAUGUGAGUGUGAGUGUCGCUCUGUCCGUACCCGAGUACAUGUAGUGGUGGUUGUGUCGCAGCUAUACGAAUUACGCCGAACUCUUGAUGUUGUCCAGGAUGACGACGUUGUAUCCAGUAUCGUCGGGUGGAGCCAAGCCGAAGACGUGUAGAAGGAAUUUGUUCGGCCCUGUCGACCAUGACCAGGUGAAACGUGAUCUAGAAAUCAAACUCACCGAAAUGCACGAACUCGAAAACAAGAAGUGGAAUUUUGAUUUCACAAAAGAGAGCCCGCUACCUGGAAAAUUCGCGUGGCAGAGAGUAGAGCAGAGCAGCACGGACGUUCACCCGUCGUAUAUGUUGCGUAGUUUUCCCUUCUUGAGUGGCAAAGUGGACAUUAGAAGAGAUGCCGCGGAGGAAACCCGCAGCACGGACACGCUUGUAACGCCGGCGCGGGACGUAGGCACACCCGCCACGCCCUCGGCGUCGGACGAAUCGGAUGUGACCCCAGAACACUCGGAACCAUCGUCAACGUCUGGGAACGUGCGGGAGGUACGCAAGGCGUCGUCCACAGUGUCGGACAAGAGUAGCUCGCCGCCUAGCAGUCAAUCCAAAGUCACAGGGUAUUACAAAAAGGUAAAGAGAACGAGAGCUGAUAGCAAUGAAGAUGCUCGGCAACAGAAGCGGCAUAGGCCAUAAGUGUUGGGACGUGAUUGGUACCUCCUGAUUGCUGUGGUCAGCUGCGCUAUCAUCCACUGCAAGGAUCUCGUGCGGCCUUCGCCCUGCCCUCAGCGAUGACGUCACCAGUGACCUCAGCCGUGACCUCAGUGAUGACGUCAACAGUGACUUCAGCCGUGGCCGUCACCCGAACGUCGACUGAUUGGGCAGGCAGAGCCAUCCCCACACAAGACGAAUCACAUAGUCAGCGAUAAUCCCCAAGUUCUUUGCAUCUCUAUGCUCAGGCGACUGCUGCUAAAUUUUACCCCUCCCCUUGCAGCUAUGCCCCACUUUUUAUAGUUCUUAUAAACGCUAAGUCUGCUAACCGUAAGCACUCGCUACUCACACUCUCUCAUUCGGAUAAUUCUUGAGGUACUGAGCAGGGUUUCUAUUGUACUUGUACCUAUAAUUUAAACAUUACAGCGCUUGCUUUUUGAGCUGAGUGUGAAAGAAGAUGGGAACAAUUUGGGGCCUAAUAUCCGAUCUCGUGGUAUUAUACAUAUAUACAUAUUUAUAUAAAUACACACAUAUGUAUAUAUAUAUCUAAUUCACCUAAUAGAAUACAUGUGUGUGUAUGAAGAAGAGUCUGCGAGUGGGUGAGUGUGCAGACGUGUGCGUGGGUGAUGUUAGUGUGCGUGUAUUAUACACUGUUUGUAUAUGGAUGGGCUUUGUGUAUUUGUAUCGUGGUAAUAUAUAAAUAUAUAAUUUGUACGUAUACGUUUAUCAGUAUAGUGUGAAAUCAAAAUAUUAAGUGUAGAGAUGUUUUCUUUUUUUGUCAAAUUAAGGAGCCGUACGUGUACAUAGCUGUUUGUAUUUGAUCUCAUUUGAUGCCAAAUGAGCACUGCUUUGGAACGGUUUGUUGGCAGCAAUUUCGUCUGCUGACCGCGAUUAAGCGUGUCCGUUUCCUGACAGCACAGGUUCUAUAUCCAUAACACCCGUGUGCCCUCCUUAAAACACUAAGAAAGCAGUGCUCUAUUGUCAUGGCCUCGCGUUUGUACAGCGUGUGAGUGAGUGAGUGAGUGAGUGAGUGCGUGCGUGCGUGCGUGCGCGCGUGCGUUCGUGCGAG